ACUGAAGGAGCGUGCUGUCGGACUUCCCCCCGCCGCUCUGUUGUCGCUCUCUCCUUCACUGUUUUGGUCGCUUUUAUUAUUGUCCUCCGUCUCGACUCUUAAGGUUUCUUGUUAUCUGAUCGGGUAAAAAAAGCCCCCCCUCUCCCUCGGUUGAACUUGGGAGAAUGUUUCCUAGAAGUUGGUGAAGCUUUUCUCCGGAGAGCCGGGCGGAGGAUGGGCAGCCUCGCUAGCCGACCAGCGCAGUGCUAACGAGCUAGAUUAGCAUUCAUUGGCUAAAGAGCGAGUGACUUUUGUCGGAGCUGUAGGAAGAGCCCGUUUCUGGUGGUGUUGUGAGGUGUUGGUGUGACUGAACAUGCUGUCCAACGCCCAGAACCAGCCGCUGUUCCCCAGCCCGGCGGGCCAGCAGCAGAACCCCGGCGGCCAGCAGCAGAACCCCGCGGGCCAGUUCGUCCCCUUCCACGCCAGAGCCAACCUGCAGAUCAGGAAGAACGCCAUUACCGACGACUACAAGGUGACCAGCCAGGUGCUGGGCAUGGGCAUCAACGGCAAGGUGCUGGAGAUCUUCCAGAAGAAGACCGGGGACAAGUACGCGCUGAAGAUGCUGCAGGACUGUCCCAAGGCCCGCAGAGAGGUGGAGCUUCACUGGAGGGCAUCACCUUGCACCCAUAUUGUGCGCAUUAUUGAUGUCUUUGAGAACCUUUAUCAGGGGCGUAAAUGUCUGCUUAUUGUCAUGGAGUGUAUGGACGGUGGUGAGCUUUUUAGUCGAAUCCAGGACAGAGGAGACCAAGCCUUCACAGAGAAAGAGGCAUCUGAUAUCAUGAAGAGCAUAGGAGAGGCCAUUCAGUUCCUACAUUCAGUCAACAUUGCACACAGAGAUGUCAAGCCAGAGAAUUUACUGUAUUCUACAAAGAGGCCCAACGCCCUGCUCAAACUCACAGACUUCGGCUUUGCCAAGGAGACCACCAACAACUCCUUAGAUACACCCUGCUACACCCCCUACUAUGUUGCGCCAGAGGUUCUGGGCCCAGAGAAAUACGACAAAUCAUGUGACAUGUGGUCAUUGGGAGUCAUUAUGUAUAUUCUGUUGUGUGGAUACCCUCCUUUUUAUUCUAACCAUGGUUUAGCCAUCUCACCUGGGAUGAAGAAGAGGAUCAGGAUGGGCCAAUAUGAAUUUCCCAACCCUGAAUGGUCAGAUGUAUCAGAAGAAGCUAAGCAACUGAUCAUGACCCUCCUAAAGACCGAGCCAACCGAAAGGAUGACCAUCAUGGAGUUCAUGAAUCAUCCAUGGAUCAAUCAAUCAAUGGAGGUUCCCCAGACCCCUCUUCACACCAGCCGGGUUCUAAAAGAGGAGAAAGACGCAUGGGAGGAUGUCAAGGAGGAAAUGACCAGUGCCUUGGCAACUAUGAGAGUCGACUACGAGCAAAUCAAAAUCAAGACGAUUGAGGACUCGACCAAUCCACUGCUAACAAAAAGGAGGAAGAAGGCCGAUAACGCCAUGCCAGACCAAAAAUCUGUUGCCCACUGAAAGACGCACGCUUGCAUGCACAAAUACAGAUUGUGGAAAGGAAGCAAUAAUUUGUCGACACAAGUCGCAUUGCAUGGAUUUUCUCAGUGUUUUUUUUUUUUUCUUGGCAAAUUCUAAUGUUUUGUAAGAGUGGUUGUUUUUGUUACUCUACCGUUUUAACAAUCUCAUCAUUCUGCACUGGCAGAGUGCUGAGUGGGUCUGUCUUUUUACACCAGAUAAGAGAUUAUAAAUGAGCGAAAAGGAGAGAGGAGGAGGAAUCUAGACCGCUCCUUCUCUUUUCUAAAUAUCAGUUUGUGUACUGAGUGGGGCUUUAAUGUUGGAAUGAAAAAAAAAAAAAUGAAGCCUUAGUAUUAGCAGUAGUUAUCUUUAAACCCACGGCCCUGCUUUAAUUCUUUCCCCAAACCAGUGAAUGUUGUAUCGAAUGGCUAAAUCCCAAAAAAAGAAACAAGGGACUUUUUUUUUUUUUUUUCUUUUCCUUUGGUAUACAUGCAAAGUAAGCAGACGUAUUAACUGACAAGUGGAAUGUAAGGACUCUAUUGGGAUUUGUUAGAAAUGGAGAUGUCUGAGGUUUGGACUCUGAGUGUCUGUCAGGUUCAGUUUGUCUUUAUGAAUGUUGAACUGAGGCCUAUGCACUCAAACAAGGACCGUGUCCCGCUCCGACGGAGCACUUCACUCGUAGUCCCUCUCUUACCUUAAUCCAUACUUGUUUUUCAGGUGACUAGUUUUAGAGCAGAGAAGAAGCCACAUUUAUGAACUCAUCGGACUCUUCUUUCUCUUGCAUGUAGCUUAUUGGAGAGAAGGCAAAUAUUACUGUAUUUUUUUAAAAGAUUUUAUGAACAUUUUAGUAUAGGCCUUACAGAGUAUUGUUAAUCGGCAAACGGCUUUUAAUCCCCUUCUUACCACUGGGUUCAAGCCUCUACUAACCGUGUUCUUCAGAAUUUAGAUGAUUACCAGAAUAUAUUGCAGGUUAAAUGCUAUGCAGAUGUGUUUGUCAGCUUGAAAUACUGUUGAAGCCUGUGUCUUGCGAUUUCUGUUUGCAGUUGUUGGGGAGAAGUCGAGCAGCAGUGAUGGGCAUUUGUGUUGGUUUGUGGAAGCGAUGGCCUCUCAUGUAGACCAGACUGGCCCUUUAGGGAUGCUGUUGGUUGUGCCAGCCCAGCCAUCAAGAGACUCGGCCUUGCCUCAUUUGAGCAAGGUCAUCAUUUUCCAACCAUUCUGACUUUUUGAUUCAUUGAUUGGAAAAUACUUAGUGCUUAGUUACCCUUGACAACAGGGUGCAGUCUGACUUUCCACGAGCACAAUGUCAUCCCACUCAGAGGCCACACAACGGCCUUAAAAUCUUCAGUGUUUUGUUAAAUGGACAGGAGUUUUCCUAACUUGUUUGACAUCAUAUAAAUUGAUCUUUUUCUCUAUUUUUUAAAAGUUCAUCCACUUUUGAACACUUCGUAAUGUCUUAUCACAUUGCUGUUUGCAUCGCACCUACCAGUCUCACAGAAAAUAUGUUAGUUAAAUGUUUUUAACACCCCUCCCCAGACACAUUUUUGUAGUGAAAUCACAGUUUUGUCUUCUUGUACUCGCGUCUUUCAGUCUUCAAUUCACUUGGCGUAUUUUUUGUCUGUUUCAAUUUUGGAUUAAAAAAAAAAAAAAAAGAAAAACACACAAAACCAAACUUGCUCUUUUUAUUCUUUGACUGUGAAAUCACUUUCAAUAGUCCACAAACCUCCGGGUGUUAGAAAUAUUUAUUAUUUAUUCUAUAAUUGUUUUAAUUUUUUAACUCUGUAAUUACAUUCAAAAGAGAAAUGUCUUUAUCCAAAUGAGAAGGCAUUGAUGGUGAUGAUUUAUUUAAAAUGUCCUCAGUCUCUAAAUUUGAAAUGUAAUGCUGCCAGUCACUCGUGAUUUCUGGAUGCUACGUGCAAGACGUGGCCCGAGCGGUUUUCUGUCAAGCAAACAGAUUCCCAUAAAAAAGCAAAUUGACCUAUGCUUCCACAUUCAGACAAAUGUUCUGAACACGUCACGUCUACAGUUGUGACUCACUUCGUUGUCGGCUUUGGAUUUGUGGCUUUGACACGGGGUACCGCAUAGACUCAACUUGUGACAGACGUCCUCGCUACCAUGACUGACUCCUGGAAUAUACACAUUUGCGUAGUAAAAUGGCGUAGUGGCACUGAGUCAACCCGCACAUUUGCCAACCCCGGGGUGUUUUAGAACAAAUUUACCGCCAGUUCUCUUCAGGUGCAGCCGGGCAACCGGAGGCUUUGAGCUUCUGGCUCUGACUGUGACGAAACCCACAGUCAUCUCUGUCAGACAUGUUUGUCAGGUGAGGGGGGAAAGGGGGAGCUUCAGGGGAGUCCCAGUAGUAGGCAUGUGGAGGUUGCAUCCCCAAACAUACAAGCAAAAGACCGCAGGACGCCCAUCACAUCUGCUUCUCACAAACGGACACCGCUGUUACUAUCAGGGCAGAGGCGAUUGAUCCUAAACUCAUGCAAACUGAGGUAAAACUCAUGAGAAAUUUAAGCAUUGCAUCUCAUAGAAUUCCUCUAAAGUUAACAUCUUUUUUUACUACCAGCUGAAAUUGUACAAGAUGCACAGAUAACCAGGUGUAAAAUGAGCUUUUUCCACUUUCAUAAACUGUGGGCAGGUUACGUCAUAGUAUAUCAUUACAAGCUUAUAGGUGUGAGGAAAGGUGGAGGAUGGUGGUGACACAUGGUUAAGACUUCUUUGAAGUGGCAUGCCAUCCUGCCAGCCAGCCAGCACACACAUCUUUGGGUUAUUGACCCAGACGAGCCAGCAACGGAGACAUGCAACAUAUUACCUCAGCGCCGUCAACUUUGACAUGGUUUACAUCUGACAUCAAAUGGAAAGCAGCUUUGCAUGUUUAACAAUUGCUCAUCUCGUACAUGUGCUGGAAAUCCGCUUCUCUUAUUACAGUUAGGUGUAUAACUUGCGGCUUGUGUGGUUGCUUUGUGUUUUUUUUUUUUGUAUUAUUUUCAGGUCUCGGCUGAUUAUUUUAAAAGCAUGACCCCUGUUAAAGGAAACAUUCUUCACGCCCUUCCAAGAAUAGUCGCAAAGAGGCGACAUUGGCAUACACAUAGUGCAAGUUUUAGACACCAGCAAGUGAUUAUUCUUUAAAGAUAAAAUGUCACAAACAUGCUCCAGGUAUACAUCGAAUCAAUGGGAUGUCUGUGGAAAAAGGACACUACUGGUCUUUUCCCUGAGUCAAGUGACAUCCCAGCAUGUUCAUGUCAAUAAGUACCAAGCAUUUGACUUGUUGCACAGUAUAAUGUGAUUCUGAGCAGCAGCAUCAAGUUUAGUGUUUUUGCUAUUGUGAAAUACAAAUUGGUCAAAUCUUUUCCCAGUUAAGAGGUUCAGGGUCAAUGACACCAGCUACCUGCCCGAGGGGCAUAAUAUGAUGUAAGCUUGUACUUUUAGCAUUCUCUGAAGCUGGACUGAUGAAAUAAGAGAGAAAACACCCCGCCAACCCCCUGACACACACGCACACACAACUGUGUUCAGAAUACGCAUUGUGUUGACUAGGCAUGUUCCUCUUACACAUUUCACUUCAGAGAUAUAUUUAGUUGAAGCGUGUGUCACUGCACCAGACCACUGUGGGCAAUUACUGUAACGUCGUCUUGAGUAUCUCUUAUGGUAGCGUCUUGAAUUUGACUAUUCAUGUAGUUAAAAUGAGCCUAAUCUCUAAACAUGGUGAGUAUGUGAUCAAAUGAAUCAUAGAUGGCGACAUUUAAACGUUGUGUGUUUUCAUGUCCCGUGUGUUAAUGUCAUAUUUCUAAGAAAUUAGUCUUUGUGGCCAAAACUGAAAAAAGCAUUUUCUCAUCACCGCAUUUCUAACCAAAAGAAACUUAUGCAAGCUGAAAAUGAAGUUGAUCAACAGUAAUUGGUAGAAUGUCUGUUUUAUAAAAGCAGAAACUUGGCAGUUUGCUAAACUGAAGCAUUAACACAGUGCCGAUUGGGAAAGACAUCAGCAGAUGUCAGAGAUGGACUGUUAGCGAGACAUUGGACAGCCCAGCACAUUUGUCUGCUUUCAGAUCAUAGAAUUGUUGGAGAAAUUGUUCAAAUUCUGAAGUUGUCAUGUUAAAUUUUAAAAUUGAUGACAGAAAAAUGAGAGAAGAUGUACAUGAAGACGUUUGACUUGUUUGAAUAUGUUACAAGGAGGAUGUCUCUUCUCUAAAAAGAGCACGGCACUGCUGCCUAUAUUCACUGUGUUACAUUUAAAUAUGUUCUUGGUACAGGUGAGACCAAGUUGAGAUGUUUGGUCAUUCAUUGUGUAACAUUUGGUUUAUAAAAAAAUAAAUAAA